CAUCCUUGGUACGCGAUUCGCUUGUGCUACACAUGUUGCGGUACACGUCAAUGAUAGUUGUGAACUGUGAAUGAGUACUAGAAAUAGAGAAUUUUUUAUUUACAUUCGACAGAAAUUGGCUGUAGAGCAGAAAACUCGCAAAUAUGCAUUCUGUACUGGUCAGAGGAAACGCAAUACUCGCGUAUACUUUGAGCGUCUUGGCUGCCCUUACUUUCUGCUGUUUUCUGUCAACAGUAUUUAUGGAUUACAGAACUAAAGCGACGAUGAACACUGUUACGGUUAUGGUGAAGAAGCACCCAAGCGACAGUGCAAGGCGCGAGCUAAACGAUCUGGGAGUACUGACGUUUAAUUUACAGACAGACUUGACAGACCUGUUCAACUGGAAUGUGAAGCAGCUAUUCCUGUACCUGACAGCAGAGUACACUACUCCAAAUAAUCAACUCAAUCAGGUUGUUCUCUGGGACAAAAUCAUUCUAAGAGGAGAGAAUGCUAAUUUGGAUUUUAAAAAUAUGAAUCUGAAAUACUAUUUCUCAGAUGAUGGAAAUGGAUUAAGGGGAAACAAGAAUGUAACAUUGACGUUAUCAUGGAAUAUAAUUCCAAAUGCUGGUCUGUUGCCUAGUGUAUCAGCUAUUGGCAAUCACACUUUUAGCUUUCCAUCAGAGUACACAUCUUCGCAUGUAUAUGGGAAGGAAACUCAGCAUGCAGGAAUAUAGUGUAUGAUAAAUGGGCACCAGUGAUUUGCAGCAGUUACACAACUGGUGGUCAUUUACAGAAAUUGCUGCCUUCCUAAGUGGAAGUACAACUACUGACUGAACUGUGAGGGGUUGUGGAGUUUAAAAUGAGUAGCUUGUCGAAAUGUGUGUGAUUUAAAGAGUGCAUGUAGUGAAGUAAAUGUCCAUUUGCCAUUCUCCAGGUGAUUGUGAUUGAGUGGGUGGCUAUUUAAGCAUCAUUCAACUGUAGAGGGAAAUAUUUCUAAUACUUUAUUAAGGAUGAUAGACUGUCAAGCUGAAUGUGUAUUUAUCAUAAUGUCAUUAAAGUGUGUGAUCUCUUUGACUGGAGUGACUGAAAA